ACGGAGGCGGGCACUCCGCCUUCAGCGCCGCCCCCUCUCCCGCGUCCCUCCCGCCUUCCGAAGGCCGAGAGGCGGCAGCGGCAGUGCGGGCUGCCCCGGCGGGCUGAGCUGCCUGGAGCUGCGGCGGCAGGUGGGGAGCGGGGCCUGGAGUGGGGUCGGGGGGCCGCCCGACCUCAGCGCCCCGUUGCUUCGGGGUACGGCGACAACGAUGAACGUGUCCCCGUCGUGUCUGUCCAUGCAGUGGCUGGGAGCAUUCAGGCAGCGCGGCUCCGGAAAGUUAAGUGAUGAAGGCCUAAAGGCGGAUUUUACAGAGUCGGCGUUUUCUUCAAAUCUCUCAGUGAGGAUUAGCUGUCUUGCUCCAACACCUCAAAUUUCAGUUCUCUCAGAUGAAUACUCCAGGCCAGCUGUAAUUGGACAUGCUGGAAGUUUGGCAUCAUACCCAGAUAGCGCUGAAGCUAUCAAAGACAUUUUGGUGUCUGUUCUAAGCGCAUCUGGUCUGAAGCCCUCCCUGCUGUCAGAGAACACCAGCAUGCAGGGAGCUGAGCACCCUGACAGCGACCUGGAGCGAUGGGAGGAAAGCAGCGAUGGGGAGAACGAUGACGACACUGACAGUGAUUCUGCACAUCACAGCACUGCCUGCACACAGACAGACGUUAGGUUUACACGGCACCGAGCCUGCUGGGACAAUACAAACUGUGAUUCCUCUGGACCUGCCCUGGAUACUUUCUUUCAUCCAUGUUAUUCUGACAAGGAUCCUGCUACUUCCUCCCUGAAUGGUUUCACUCUUUCAGACAUAUCCCCUUUGAAGCGAGACUGCUUUACACAAGUGACGUUAACGGGUGGCACUGUCACUUCAGCUGUUGUGCAUCCUGAAAAAGAAUGCCAGAAUAUUUUCUCUGAACAAGACUUGGCUUUAACAAGGCUUCCUCCGGAUUCAACUGUUAGUAAGCCAACAAAUCUAUUUAAAUACCCUGCUGCUUCAGAGCCUGCAAAAGUCAGCACUGCUGACAGCAGUUCUCCCAGUACGUCUUCCCAGUUGGAGCCAUUCAGUCAAACAGGUUCUGCUUCCCUUUUGAACAUAAGUGCAGUACCCUUGAAUCGUACGUUGCAGGACAUCUUUGUGCUUCCAGAAGAUGUGGAGAAGGAGAACGCCCACUUCUUUGUUGCGGAUAUGAUUAUAGCAUCCCUGGAAAAGAUGAAGUGUAAUAUCCGAAGCCAGCAAGCAGAGUUUUGGGGUAUGGAUGAAACGAGCGGGUCAGAUGGCAGCUAUCACACUGAUUCAGAGUUAUCUUCUUAUCCUGGAGAAAAGAAGUCUGAUUCUUCUGUUGCCUCCACAGACAGCGGUUAUGAAGGCUGUGCCCUGCUGAUGGGCAGCUCCUCAGUACAUCUACCUCUGCAUCAUGAGGCUACUGGACUUCCUUGCCACAGUGACUCAGAGGAUGAAUAUGUCAUUAUUGAACUUGAACACCUUGAAAAUCUGUCUGUGACCUCAAAUGAAAGAUCGUCCUUUGAACCAGGCAGCAAUUCUGCUGAAGCAACAGCUCAGGAAUUGUGCAGAGCUUUCAGAAAACGCUGGUUGCAAACAGAAUCUGCAGUGCAACUGUCUGGGUGCCUGGGCUCAUCUAAACAGAAAUCUGUGAAAGAAGAGAUUCCAAGGGAGCUUGAGUCCAGUUUGAAUCUGGCUGAAGAAAUAAAGCUGCUGUCCAAAUUAAGAGAAUCUUCUGGCUGGUCCCCACCAAGAUCUCAGAUUAUAUUUAGCAUUCACCCUUCAGUCAAGAGAGAUGCAGUGGUUGCUGCCCAAAACUUUACAUGUGUUGGUUGUGGAACCCCAAUAGAAAGCAAAUACAUCAGGAGGCUCCGCUAUUGCGACUACCUGGGGAAAUACUUUUGUGACUGUUGCCACAGUUACGCUCAGUCUGCAAUUCCUGCUCGAAUACUCAUGAAGUGGGACUUCAAGAAAUAUUACGUAUGCAACUUCUCCAAACACCUCCUGGACAGCAUCUGGCAGCAACCGAUUUUCAAUGUGUCGUCUAUCAACAAAGCCCUCUAUACAAAAUCUAAGGAAAUGGACAGAGUGAGGGAGGCACAAGAACAGCUUUUUCAUUUAAAGAAGCUUUUGAAAACCUGCAGGUUUGGUGAAAGUGUACUGAAAGAAUUUGAACGGGUCCCCAGCCAUCUGACAGAGGAGCUGCACCUCUUCUCAUUGGAUGAUCUGGUGAAGAUCAAACGAGGGCAGUUACUGCCUCUUCUUAAAGAAAUUCUGAAGAGCUCCACCUCUCAUGUUGAUGGCUGUGAGCUCUGUCAAGCAAAGGGAUUCAUCUGUGAAUUCUGUCAGAGCGCAGAUCUGCUCUUUGCAUAUCAGAUUUCCAAAUGCAAGAGGUGCACAGAAUGCAAAGCAUGCUUUCACAAGGCCUGUUUCAAGGCUGGAGGCUGCCCCAAGUGUCUGCGGAUCGCAGCUCGGAGGACGCUUUCAGAAACUCCAUCAUCGGUGCCUCUGUGAAACUGGAUUCCUCUGAUGGUUGCUCAAAGCCAAGUCUUCAGGUGCAUGACUAAGAACUGAAUAAUGUUGUUUUAGACAUUACUAUUUUUAAUGCGUGUUUCCUUUAGGGGAAAAAAAGAAAGGAAAAAAAAAAAAAAAAAAAGAGAAGGCCUUUAAUAUCAUCAUCCUUAAAAACUCUCCCUAAAGGAGUUUCAUCUUUACUGGUGACAGAAAGACUGGAUGUUAAUUCUGGGAGCAGCAUUUUCGUGCUGUUUUGUUCUUAUAUGUAAGAUUUUUAAUAUUGUAUUUUUGCCAUGUGAAAAUGAUUCUUCUCUGUAAUUAUGCAAAUAAUGUAUGUAUAGAUAGUAAACAAGUCUUGGAAAUCCUUACCUGUGUCAGAUUUUGGAAAUAGAAAAUGUGGUAAAAUAUGAAGUCAUUUUCUUGUAAGUUCUUACAGUACAAAAAGCUUGUCUGCAAGCUUUACGUAGAAGCUGAUCUGAAGUUCUCUUCUGGCAAACACUUGAUGUGAACUGGGGAUUGUAAGUUUGUCUUUUAAACUGACUUACAGCAGCUUGAGGUGGGUUUACAUCUGCUUGCUGCCAGACACCCACCCAACUGCUCUGUCCUCUUCUCAACAAAACAGAAAGAGGAAGUAAGAUGGAAAAGCUCAUGGGCCAAGUUAAAGACAGGCAGAUCCUUUAACAAUAUCACAGUCAAAACAGACUGAACUUGGAUAAAAUCAACUUUAAGUAUUGCCAAUUAAAAAUUGAGUUGGAGGGUGAGAAACAAAGAUGACAAUACCACCUUCUCCCCUUCCCCUCAUUUUUCCCUUAACAUUACUCUUCAUUCCAAAUGCUUCUCUUUUUUUCCUCUCAUCCUAAGCAGUGCAAGGGAAUAGGGGUGCUGGUCAUGCCAUAACACCAGAAAACUGCUGCUCCUUCCUUCUCACACUUUCCCCUCCCAUGGGAUACGAUUCUUCACAAACUGUUCCAACAGUGGGGCUUUCUCACAGACUGCAGUUCUUCAGGAUAAGCCUGUGUCUGCCUGGCUCAUCAUAGGCCAUACCCACUGUCUCCACCACAGUCCUGCCCAGAGAAGCCUCAGAUCCUGCAAGCACAUACUUAAAGCUGUGCUCUCUCCACCAGGAUGCUCUUAAUAUUUUGAAUUUGUCAUUUUCAUUUUGCAUUUUAUUCUUCCUGUCCCUGCCUUCUGGCUCCAGUAUUUUGUAAGGAAAAGGACAGCUGUCUGUAACCAGGCUCUUUUUAAAUCCACCUCCACGCUAGAACUCAAAGUAUGCAGAAGUAGGGAUCUUGCCAACUGUUCCACUUAGCUAUUUUUUUCUGUGGCCAAAACCAGAUUAACUACUUAGUGCUCAAGAAAGAUUAUCAUCUCUUACUCAAGAUCACCAAAGGGAUAGUGACGUAGAGUAAGAUGUGAUGAGAAGAAGCCUGCUUAUAUAGCUGACUGUAUUAAAUGAGAUUUUACUCUUGCAUAACAUUGAAAUUGGGUGCACAACUAACUGAAUCACAUGAAAAGCCUUGCUGUAGGGAUUUUCUUACAAAGGAGCUCACUUGAAUAAUCCUUCCGUGGGUUAACCUAUGGGGUAACUUAAUAUAUCUUAUUCAUUAUUCACAUAUUUUGAAGAGCUAAUCUGGUUUCUGGCUGUGCUUUUCACAAAGCUUGAGAUAGACAGAUGUACAUAGUGGGGGGCAAGGGGGGAGCCAGAGGGUGAGUUUCACAUUUUACAUCCACUCAGUUGAGUCUAGGUCUCCAUAGAGCAUGUACAGCUUAUCCUGACUAAUCAUAGCUAAGUAUCACAAUGUGAACUCAGCAUUUCCUCAUCAGUUGAAUAUAGUUAGUUACAAGAGAGUGUCCUUGAUGAAUUUGAGUAGUUAGAGGAAAGGCCCAAAAGAAUCACUACUGCUGUAGGUCAAAUAAAACUAGUAAAAACGUUCAGCUGGUGACAAUAAAGCAUGAAGGACCUGCUGGUCGCAUGGUGGAAGCAGUAACAGACUAUUUGCUAUUUUGGGGGAAUGGACUGAAGAGGGUCAAGACAGGAGUAUGCUGAGACCGUAGUUUGUUUCUGUAGUGAGAAGAAAAGCAUGGGUGACUAAAGCCUGUACCUAUGAUGUGUUCUUAGUGCCACUGAGGUGAGUUUCUUCUUGUCAGCUGCCAUCCUGGGAUAGUACAAAACAAUGAAAUCAAAACUGAAAACGUUUCUCAGUAUCUCUUUUGUGUUUGGUGACAACGUGGCUUUGGCAGGAAGGAGUGAUUUCUAUGCUAUGUCCCCUCUAGGUGUCUUUAGGGCAUAACUAGCUAGACUGUGUAGGGAUGGGGUUAGGAAGGCUAAGGCCCAACUCAAACUAGACUUGGUAAGGGGUGCAAUAGGGAAUAAGAAAGGCUUCUACAGGUACAUCAACCAGAAAGGGAAAGCCCCUUGCUACUCCAGAAGGAGUACCCUUGCAAAUACAGCGAUGCAGGCAGGCUGGGAACAAUGGAGAGAGAUGGGGCUGUUCAGCCUGCAGAAGAGAAGGCUGCAGUGAGACCUAAGAGUAGUCUUUCAGUUGCUAAAUGGGGCAAUUAUAAGAAAGAAGGGGACAGAAUCUUUGGCAGGGUCUGCUGUGAUGGAAUGAGAGGAAAUGGUUUCAAACUAGAACUGGUGAGACUUAGACUGGAUAAUAAGGAAGAAGUCUUUUAUGGUAAGGGUAGUGAAACACUGGAACAGGUUGUCCAGAGAGGUGGUGGAUACUCCAUCCUGGAGACAUUCAAGGUCAGGGCUGGACAGGGCUCUGAGCACCUGCUCUACCUGUAGGUUUCCCAGUUCAUUGCAGGGGAGUUAGAUCAGUUUACCUUUCAAGAUCCCUUCUAACUCAAUUAUUCUGUGAACUGUGUUCUCUGAAUCAAGGUGUGAAGUUUGGUAUUGUCCUAAGAAGCUUAAUAUUAUUGAGCAUGUCUCUGUAAGUAAGUGUUGGAGUUUAAUUUUUUAUGAGGUUAAACUAGACUAUAAUGCAGAUCCAAGGUAAGAACUGUUUAAGAAGCAACAGCUUUAUGGAUGUGGCUACAGUGAAUUUCCUGCACGUGGAGGUCUCCAUGAAUUUAAAGAAGGGUUAGACUGUCUUUUCAAGGGGCCAGGCAAACUGCUAGCUGGAAAGAUGGAUGUGUUCCACAUAGAACACCGAUGCAAGAGAUACAAUUCUUCAGCUAUUGCUCAGGCAAGGUGGACCAUUGCCUGUUCUUUACAAUGGUAUUCCACGAUGCCACGUUCACACAACAGGAGCACUGCUGAGGAUUCUACUGGCUGUAUGCUCUUGGAGACACGAGACAGACAAACCGUUUCCUAGUAGCUGCCUGUCUCAUUCUGCUAACAGAAUUCAAGACAAGACAGUUUAAUUACUAAUUUCCAUAGGAACAGGUUUUCAAAGGGUACAAACAACUCACUCUUGCUGCUAACAGUUUUUACCUGAUUUUGUAGCAGUUUUGUUUAUGCUGUUACAUGUAUUUUUCAUUUAGUUUCAAUUCUAAGUGGUCCAGAGGUGGAAGUGCUUUGCUAAGACUUUGUACAGUGCUUUGCAGCCAAGAUCUUUCAUGAUACAUCAUACAUCUGUUACUGUCAAUAAUAGAAUAAUAUUAAUUGCUUAGUGUGGAAUGGACUCACAUACAUAGGUCUUGCUGUAAGCAAAUACAUUGACUAAUUAAGGGGCUUUACAGAGCUGUACAAUUCCAGGGAU